UGACAAAUACAAGGCGUCCUCCAAGUGCCCGAUUAGCUAGCCAUGUUGAGAUCGCCGCAAAAGGCAAAAGUCUACUGGCAAGUAUUGCCCAAGACAAACGAGAAUAUACAAAACAGGUCCUGAAACAGCCUGCUCUUGUGUGUUCACUCGGUGAUCUCUUUUCACAACAACACAAUACCCCGCAUCUCAGAGGUCUCCCAAACAUUGAGAGUCUUGCACGAUUCGAACAUGCCAAAGCAAGAGCAGAGGUACAUCUAAUUCUAACUUUGCUUUUGUGUGGUGCGAUUUCCGCAAUCCAUCGACAUUGUUAAUGUUUGUUUGGUAGGCACUUGUUUGUCGUAAGAUCAGAGAGACAAGCCCAGAAACAGUGCCGCAUGAAGCCAGUGCCCAGAACUCCGUCAAAACACCCACUACACGGCGUGUUCUGCGACAGCGCCAGAAAGUACCGGUUGACGACGUGACAGCGUUGCCAACCAAGUCAUUUCUACGCAUUGCCCCUCGCAUCUUCAACCACCGCCCUCUCAACUUCCAGAUACCUGAUAGAAACCGUAUACAAAAGGUUCAAAUGGGAUGUUUCCUAAUUGAUGUCUGGUAUCUCGCCCCGUAUCCUGAAGAAUAUAGCCGCCUUGAGAUCCUCCAUGUCUGUGAGUUUUGCCUAAAGUAUAUGAAAAGCGCCUUUGUGGCUAGACGACACAAGCUAAAGUGCCCUACAAGAUACCCGCCUGGGGACGAGAUUUAUAGAGAUAAAGAGCUAUCUGUGUUUGAAGUAGACGGGAGGAAGAACAAGGCAAGUCAAAUUUAUUGCCAAAAUCUCUGUUUGCUUGCAAAAAUGUUUCUUGACCACAAGACAUUGUAUUAUGAUGUCGAACCUUUUUUGUUUUAUGUACUUACCGAGACGGACGACCAGGGAUGCCACUUUGUCGGCUACUUCUCAAAGGCAACACAGGAGAAAAGAUCACUUUUGGAUUACAAUCUUUCUUGUAUCAUGACAUUACCAAAUUAUCAACGGAAAGGCUACGGCCAGUUCUUAAUUGACUUUAGUUACUUGCUUUCCCGAAAAGAAGCCAAAUGUGGGUCGCCGGAAAAACCUUUAUCUGACCUUGGUCUCUUGAGUUACCGAAAAUACUGGACCUACACACUUCUUCAAGCUCUACAACAAGCAAAAAAAGAAGUAUCGUUACAGGGUAAAGUGAUAUUUUCUCAAGAUCUCAUACCCAUUAUACUUGAUCUCCCUUUUUUUUUGCGUACAUAUUAAACAUUAUUUAAAUUACCCACAGAACUCAGUACAUCAACCGCAAUUGCCCUGGAAGAUGUUAUAUCAACCCUCGAGCUAAAUCACAUCCUUUUUCGAAAUCCUGAAACCGAGAAUUAUGAAAUAGUCUUGCCUGAAAAACCACCAAAGGCGAUAUCAUCUUUUAAAAGAUUGACAGCUAAUCCAGACUUAUUGACUUGGGUACCUUUUCGGGUCUCACUCAAAGGAGAUUCUGGUGCAUUAUCUGUUCAACGACCUAUUGUACCAAUUACUGAUCCAGUUACUUCUGGAACAUCCGUAUAUCUAGAAACAACAUCGAUACCAAUUACCCCUAAAUCUCUUGCGUCAAAGCCAAAUUUGCGCCGAUUAAGGACAUCAAGCUCUCAAUCAGAAGCAUUUGCAAAGAGAAAAAGCAAGCGGUUGGGUGCCAAACCAGAAAUAUAAAAUAUCUUUCGUAUUAUUACUAUUACUGUUACUAUUAUUAUUAUUACUACUACUAUUAUUUUUUAUAUACUUGGUCACAAAAUAUGUAUAGGUACAGUGAGAACGAGUAGAGAUCUUACAAUAAACACAUCAAUAAAUCAAUACAUUAAGCAUC